AUGAAUGACGUGGUUCUAUUGCUCGAUAGGAUUUACUUCAACGUCCGCCGUCUCGAAGAACUGCUUGGACAAGUCAGUGUGGUUCCUGCGGCCAAUCAGAUUGAAGAUCACCCAUACCUCCAACAAACAGAGUUGCUUCAAUACUGCCAAAGCAAGGGCAUUUUUGUGGAAGCCUACUCCCCAUUGGGUAACCACCAGACAGGAGCGCCACGAACCGUUGAUGAUCCUCUUGUUUACACUGUCUCAAAAGAGAUAAAUCUCGACCCAGGUGCUCUGCUUGCUAUUUGGGGUGUCCAGCGUGGCACUGUUGUCUUGUCUAAGUGUGUCACCCCCUCGCGUAUUGCCUCCAAUCUGCAGGUCCGAGAAUUAUCAGAAGAUGCAUUCACAAAGCUCGCGUCUUUGGAGCGACACAAGCGCCUCAACUUCCCAGCCAUCUGGGGGUAUGAUAUCCUCGAAGAAGCUGGGGAGAAAACUGUGUGCAAGGCUUCUCUCGGGGCAGGUCCUGCAAACAAGAUCAAGUUCACUGUCUAG